ACUAUCUCUGUACCACCUAACCGUGGCCGGCUCUUAUGGGCAUGAAACACUCCUCCCGCUGUCUGCUCCUAAGGAGGAAGAUGGCGGAGAACGCCGCCGAAAACCCCGAGGUGAGCAAUCCCCCGGCUCAGCCCCCUCAGCCCGUGGUCCCGCCCAAACCUGUGCCCUGCGUCCAUCAUGUGUCCACCCAGCCCAGCUGCCCUGGCAGGGGCAAACUGUCCAAGCUGCUAAACCCGGAGGAGAUGACCUCGAGAGAUUAUUACUUCGACUCCUAUGCCCACUUUGGGAUCCAUGAGGAGAUGCUGAAGGACGAGGUGCGGACGCUCACGUACCGCAACUCCAUGUACCACAACAAGCACGUGUUCAAGGAUAAGGUGGUGCUGGACGUAGGGAGUGGCACCGGGAUCCUGUCCAUGUUUGCUGCCAAAGCUGGGGCCAAGAAGGUGUUUGGGAUUGAAUGCUCCAGUAUUUCUGACUACUCGGAGAAGAUUAUUAAAGCCAACCACUUGGACAACAUUAUCACCAUAUUUAAAGGUAAAGUGGAAGAGGUGGAGCUGCCCGUGGAGAAGGUGGACAUCAUCAUCAGCGAGUGGAUGGGCUACUGUCUGUUCUAUGAAUCCAUGCUCAACACGGUGAUCUUUGCCAGGGACAAGUGGCUGAAACCCGGAGGGCUUAUGUUUCCAGACCGGGCAGCUCUGUACGUGGUAGCAAUUGAAGACAGACAAUACAAGGACUUCAAAAUCCACUGGUGGGAGAACGUGUAUGGUUUUGACAUGACCUGCAUCCGGGAUGUGGCCAUGAAGGAGCCGCUGGUGGACAUUGUGGACCCAAAGCAAGUGGUGACCAACGCCUGUUUAAUAAAGGAGGUCGACAUUUACACGGUGAAGACGGAGGAGCUGUCGUUCACAUCUGCGUUCUGCCUGCAGAUUCAGCGCAACGACUACGUCCACGCCCUGGUCACCUAUUUUAAUAUUGAAUUUACCAAGUGCCACAAGAAAAUGGGGUUCUCUACAGCCCCCGACGCCCCCUACACCCACUGGAAGCAGACCGUCUUCUACUUGGAAGACUACCUCACUGUCCGGAGGGGGGAAGAGAUCUACGGGACCAUAACCAUGAAGCCAAACGCCAAAAACGUGCGAGACCUCGAUUUCACAGUAGACUUGGAUUUUAAGGGACAGUUGUGUGAAACAUCUGUAUCUAAUGACUACAAAAUGCGUUAGCACACGUGGGACGCCGCAGAGAGCGAGAAAAGAAACUCUCGCCUCCAUCUGCCGCGCUGUCCCAAGGAAUCCUGUACUGCAGGACUACACACUGGCAAACCAGAGUUAGCAACUCUGGCUUGAAGAUUGCUCAGCCCACCCGGGGGGCUCCCGGCGUGGGGCCCGGCCACUGGACAGAGGGCCUUGGGCUCCUCCACUCAGUUCCGAGAGCCCCUCGCGAAAGGCUUUGUUGGCGCCCGCAACCAGCAACCUCGUGUGCUGUGGCCGGGGCCCCGAGGCUGGAAAUGAACCCGUGUUAAUUCCACCCCCAUCCUCGUCCUCCUUAACUGUGACCCUGCGGAGCCUCCCGUUGCAUGCUGCAGGCAUCUAGGUCGGAUUGCUUUCACUAGAACCUGGAGAUUCGGUGUUUUUGAUAGUAUAAGCCAGAUUAUCUGUCUGUGCGGUGGUGUGUGAUUGUGUGUGCCUGCCUACAGCAUCCACAGUAGUUUAUUGACCCACACGCAUCUGUAUAUGCAUGCAUAUACAAUCAAGUGGGUAUCCUCGCGUGUUCCUCCGGAGGGGUGUGUGCGUGGGUGCGUGCGUGUGCGCGUGUGCAUAGAAUAUAUAUUACUCUCAGAGGAGAAUUCUGUUGCUUUCGAAUAGGAAUUUGUUUUGUGAUUAGUUUUCCCUUCCCCAUUCCUUACCAGAUGUUAAGCAGCUCUGAAACAUUCUCUGUACUAGCCCUGGUCGCCUCUGGACGAGACCGUGGCUCCGGCCCCUGAGCAUACGACCACAGACUCUGUGAGCGCCCAAUAAACACACAGGAGAAC